CUCCCGACACAGGCCCGCAGCCCCCCGCGGGAAAGGCCCAGCCCGCCGCCGCCACCGAGCCCCAGCCCCUGCCCGACAUGAACCACCAUCAGCAGCAGCAGCAGCACCAGAAGCCCGGGGAGCAGCAGCUGAGCGAGCCCGAGGACAUGGAGAUGGAAGCUGGAGAUACAGAUGAUCCUCCAAGAAUUACUCAAAAUCCUGUCAUUAAUGGGAAUGUAGCAAUGGCUGACGGACAUAACAACACUGAGGAAGACAUGGAAGAUGGUGGCAGCUGUGAUCUGGUUUUGUCUUUGUGUGAUACCAGCUGGCGAUCAGAAGCCACGUUUCAGUUUACAGUGGAACGCUUCAACAGGUUGAGUGAGUCAGUGCUCAGCCCGCCGUGCUUCGUUCGCAAUUUGCCGUGGAAGAUCAUGGUGAUGCCUCGGCUCUACCCCGACAGACCUCACCAGAAGAGUGUAGGAUUCUUCCUUCAGUGCAAUGCUGAGUCUGAUUCCACGUCAUGGUCCUGUCAUGCACAAGCAGUUCUCAAGAUAAUAAACUACAAGGAUGAUGAAAAAUCAUUCAGUCGUCGUAUUAGUCACUUGUUCUUUCACAAGGAGAAUGACUGGGGCUUUUCUAACUUCAUGGCCUGGAGUGAAGUUACUGAUCCUGAAAAAGGCUUUAUAGAAGAGGACAAAGUUACUUUUGAAGUCUAUGUUCAAGCAGAUGCUCCACAUGGAGUAGCGUGGGAUUCAAAGAAGCACACAGGAUAUGUUGGCUUAAAGAACCAGGGAGCAACUUGUUACAUGAACAGUUUGUUACAGACUUUAUUUUUCACAAAUCAGCUACGAAAGGCUGUGUACAUGAUGCCCACAGAAGGAGAUGAUUCAUCCAAAAGUGUUCCUUUAGCAUUGCAAAGAGUGUUUUAUGAGCUGCAACAUAGUGACAAACCAGUUGGAACUAAAAAGCUAACAAAAUCAUUUGGGUGGGAAACUUUAGACAGCUUCAUGCAACAUGAUGUCCAGGAAUUAUGUCGAGUGCUGCUUGAUAAUGUGGAAAAUAAAAUGAAAGGCACAUGUGUAGAAGGCACUAUCCCUAAAUUGUUCAGAGGGAAGAUGGUGUCUUAUAUCCAAUGCAAGCACGUGGACUAUCGGUCUGAACGAAUAGAAGAUUAUUAUGACAUCCAGCUAAGUAUAAAGGGAAAGAAAAACAUUUUUGAGUCCUUCAUUGACUACGUUGCAGUGGAGCAGUUGGAUGGUGAUAACAAGUAUGAUGCAGGAGAACAUGGCUUGCAGGAGGCAGAGAAAGGUGUGAAGUUCCUAACACUGCCACCAGUAUUACACCUACAGCUCAUGAGGUUUAUGUAUGAUCCUCAGACUGACCAAAACAUCAAGAUAAAUGAUAGGUUUGAAUUUCCUGAACAGUUGCCACUAGAUGAAUUUUUGCAAAAAACAGAUCCUAAAGAUCCUGCAAAUUACAUUCUCCAUGCAGUUCUAGUACACAGUGGAGACAACCAUGGUGGACAUUAUGUUGUUUACUUAAAUCCAAAGGGCGAUGGCAAAUGGUGUAAAUUCGAUGACGACGUUGUGUCGAGGUGCACGAAGGAGGAGGCGAUCGAGCACAACUACGGCGGCCACGACGACGACCUGUCCGUGCGGCACUGCACCAACGCCUACAUGCUGGUCUACAUCAGGGAGUCCAAGCUCAGUGAAGUUUUGCAGCCUGUAACCGACCAUGAUAUUCCUCAACAACUUGUAGAAAGGCUACAAGAAGAGAAGAGGAUAGAAGCUCAGAAGAGGAAGGAGAGGCAGGAAGCUCACCUCUAUAUGCAAGUGCAGAUAGUGGCAGAGGAUCAGUUCUGUGGUCACCAAGGCAAUGAUAUGUAUGAUGAAGAAAAAGUGAAAUACACUGUUUUCAAAGUAUUAAAAAACUCCACACUUACAGAAUUUGUUCAAAACCUCUCUCAAACAAUGGGAUUUCCCCAGGAUCAAAUCAGAUUAUGGCCAAUGCAAGCUAGAAGUAAUGGAACAAAAAGACCUGCAAUGUUAGAUAAUGAAGCAGAUGGCAAUAAAACGAUGAUUGAGCUCAGUGACAAUGAGAAUCCAUGGACAAUAUUUUUGGAAACAGUAGAUCCAGAGAUGGCUGCUACUGGAGCAACAUUACCCAAAUUUGAUAAAGAUCAUGAUGUAAUGUUGUUUUUGAAGAUGUAUGAUCCGAAAACUAGGAGUUUGAAUUAUUGUGGACAUAUCUACACCCCUAUAUCCUGUAAAAUACGUGACUUGCUUCCAGUUAUGUGUGAGAGAGCAGGAUUUCCACAAGAAACUAACCUUAUCCUCUAUGAGGAAGUUAAACCCAAUUUAACAGAAAGGAUUCAAGACUAUGAUGUAUCUCUUGAUAAAGCUCUCGAUGAACUCAUGGAUGGUGACAUCAUAGUGUUUCAGAAGGAUGACCCAGAAAACGAUAACAGCGAGCUCCCCACAGCUAAGGAAUACUUCAGAGACCUCUAUCACCGUGUGGAUGUCAUUUUCUGUGACAAAACCAUCCCCAAUGACCCAGGCUUUGUUGUUACUUUAUCCAAUAGGAUGAAUUACUUUCAGGUUGCAAAGACAGUCGCUCAGAGACUUAACACGGAUCCAAUGCUAUUACAAUUUUUCAAGUCCCAAGGUUAUAGGGAUGGCCCUGGUAAUCCUCUUAGACAUAAUUAUGAAGGUACUUUAAGAGAUCUUCUGCAGUUCUUCAAGCCUAGGCAACCGAAAAAACUCUACUAUCAACAGCUCAAAAUGAAGAUAACUGAUUUUGAAAACAGAAGAAGUUUUAAGUGCAUAUGGCUAAAUAGCCAGUUUAGGGAAGAGGAAAUAACAGUAUAUCCAGAUAAGCAUGGGUGUGUGCGGGACCUGUUAGAAGAAUGUAAAAAAGUUGUAGAACUCUCUGAAAAAGGUUCAGGGAAAUUAAGGCUGCUAGAAAUUGUAAGUUACAAAAUAAUUGGUGUCCAUCAGGAGGAUGAGCUGUUGGAGUGUUUGUCACCUGCAACAAGUCGAACGUUUCGAAUAGAGGAAAUUCCUCUGGACCAGGUAGAUAUAGAUAAAGAAAAUGAGAUGCUAAUCACAGUGGCACAUUUCCACAAAGAGGUUUUUGGAACAUUUGGAAUUCCAUUCUUGCUGAGGAUACACCAGGGUGAACACUUCAGAGAGGUUAUGAAGCGAAUUCAGACAAUGCUGGACAUACAAGAAAAAGAAUUUGAGAAGUUUAAAUUUGCCAUUGUAAUGAUGGGCCGACACCAGUAUCUCAACGAAGAUGAGUAUGAAGUGAACUUGAAAGAUUUUGAGUCCCAACCUGGCAACAUGUCUCAUCCAAGGCCAUGGCUAGGGCUUGACCAUUUCAAUAAAGCCCCAAAGAGAAGUCGCUACACUUACCUUGAAAAAGCUAUUAAAAUCCAUAACUGACUUACUUAACCAGAUUGUCAAGGCAAGGGACAAAAAUAAGUGUGUGUGUGCACCUUUUUAACAACUGUAGGACUUUGGUACACGUGCACUAUAUCUGAAGUCUUCAGCAAGAGGAUUUGCUGCUGAUGUUAAUUUUAUUUUGUUGAGGCUGUUCAGUUUGGCUUCUCUGUAUCUAUUGACUGCCCUUUUUGAGCAAAAUGAAGGUGUUUUUAUAAAAGCUUGGAUGCCAAUGAGAGUUAUUUUAUGGUAAACGUAAUGCAAGGCAAUUGUCAGCAUAAUGAGGGAAGAGUUUAGUAGAACAGUUGACAUUGGCAAAAUUAUUUGUCUGUAGUACGUUUAUAGAUGGCAUAAGCUGACUGGCUGCCCUUCCCAUGUGGUGUUCACCAUCACUGCAGCUAGUAAGUCUUAUGUUUAGACUCACAUCAGAUUUAUUUCCUUCAGUUAUACUUUAAAUGACAUUUUUGUGCAUUUGUAAAUGCAAAAGAAAAACUCACAUCAUCAAUAAAUAGCAAUCUCUACUUUA